CCGUGCUCCGAAGAGGAGGAGGGGAGUCUGGCCGGGAACCGGGCCGCCAGCGUCCCCAGACCCCCCCUCCCCGCCGGCAGCCCGAGGACGCGGUGUCCACCCCGCUCGCCGCGCGCCGGCCGUAGGAGGGACGCGGGCGACGCGCGGGGUGACUGCGGCCGGCGCCUCGGCCUCUCGCCGCGCAGGGCCUUACCCAUCACCAGUGAGGCCCAGCCUUUGCUACAGCCUGAACCACAUCCUAGAAACAAGAUGGCGGUAGAGAGACUGGUGCAUUCCUGAGCCCAUGAGGGGUGAGGCCCCUCCAGGCCCAAAGAUGGGGAACGUCACUGGAGACAACGGCUCGCUGAGCUGUGCCAUCGACCACACCAUCCACCAGACGCUGGCGCCGGUGGUCUAUGUCACGGUGCUGGUGGUGGGCUUUCCAGCCAACUGCCUGUCCCUCUACUUCGGCUACCUGCAGAUCAAGGCCCGGAAUGAGCUGGGCGUGUACCUGUGCAACCUGACAGUGGCCGACCUCUUCUACAUUUGCUCGCUCCCCUUCUGGCUGCAGUACGUGCUGCAGCACGACAACUGGUCCCACGGCGACCUGUCCUGCCAGCUGUGCGGCAUCCUCCUGUACGAGAACAUCUACAUCAGCGUGGGCUUCCUCUGCUGCAUCUCCAUCGACCGCUACCUGGCCGUGGCCCAUCCCUUCCGCUUCCAUCAGUUCCGCACCCUGAAGGCCGCCGUGGGAGUCAGCGUGCUCAUCUGGGCCAAGGAGCUGUUGACCAGCAUCUACUUUCUCAUGCACGAAGAGGUGGUGGAGGACCGGGACCGGCACCGCGUCUGCUUCGAGCACUACCCGCUCCAGCCCCGGCAGCGCAGCCUCAACUACUACCGCUUCCUGGUGGGCUUCCUCUUCCCCAUCUGCCUGCUGCUGGCCUCGUACCGGGGCAUCCUGCGGGCCGUGCGCCGCAGCCACGGCACCCAGAAGAGCCGCAAGGACCAGAUCCAGCGGCUGGUGCUCAGCACCGUGGUCAUCUUCCUGGCCUGCUUCCUGCCCUACCACGCGCUGCUGCUCGUGCGCAGCCUCUGGGAGUCCAGCUGCCACUUCGCCAAGGGCAUCUUCAACGCCUACCACUUCUCCCUCCUCCUCACCAGCUUCAACUGCGUGGCCGACCCCGUGCUCUACUGCUUCGUCAGCGAGACCACGCACAGGGACCUGGCCCGCCUCCGUGGGGCCUGCCUGGCCUUCCUCACCUGCACCAGGACUGGCCGGGCCCGGGAGGCCUACCCACUGGGCACCCCCGAGGCCUCAGGGAAGAACGAGGAGCCCAACGUGCUGACGAAGCUCCACCCGGCCUUCCAGACCUCUCGGCCACCCGGAGCGGGAGGGUCCCCAGCGGGCGGACUGGCCUAGCUGCGUCACCCCGUCACCCGCGUGCGGGGCGAAGCCAGGCCUGAGCUUGCUCGACGGCUGCUGCCCACUUGGCCAAGGCAGGUGCCUCUGGCUGCUGGAGGGGACGAUGGACCUGGGCCACGGGGCCCUGGGUCUGGGCCGCAGCACAACCUCUCUGGCUCCAGGGAACCCGCUGUGGCUGCCGAGUCCGACGGGGCUGCUUGUUGAGUGUGGGGAUGAGCUCCGACGGCGCAUGGGGGUCGUCCGCCGCCAGCUGGGCGGCUGGUGGGAGGAAGACCUGCUCACCUCCAGGAGGUUUGCAAAGAGAAGCUCUGGUGGGGGACGCAGAGUGUGAGGACAUGGAGAGAGGGGCCUGGGAGAUGAGAGUGGGUACCUGGGGGCACACCUGCCAGGGCCUUCCAUGCCUUUGUCACCGAUGAUACCGGUCCAAAUGCACCGUUGUAAUCGGGGGAGGUGACACACGAAAGUAUAUUGUCAUCAUUCAUACUUGAGCCUCACUCCACGAAGGGGUGGGAAGGAAGAUGAGUGGGCCCGGAGGUUGGAUG